AUGUUCGCUGACCAGUCUGUUGACAGCAGUGCAGUGCUGGAGUGGGAGACAAGUGAGAAAACAUCCAAGUUGAGCUCUUCACUGUCAAUGAUCAUGCCAGACACUUGUAUUGUAACUAUGCGCUCUUCUAGCCCAACCAGCUCUACCACCUUUGUUGAACAUUCUUCUCCUGCCUAUAAGGCAGGUCUUAGGGCUCAUCUGCCUCGGUCUCCCAAGAGGAGCUACCCCUUUUUUAACUCUGCCUUAUUUGACUCUGAGGCAGAGGGAUAUGAUAUCCCUCCUGCAAGUUUUGUGUCCCUUGCCCCAGAGAUUCUGGGCGACACAAACGUGCCACCUGAUGGGCUCAAGGUGGCUGUUGCAGCCCAGUAUGCUACUUGCGAGAAGCUCCGCCACCUCAUUAUGACCAGGAUUUGGCAGGUCGAAGAGGCGAGCAGGUGGACUGACUUCUUAAACCAAUCCAUCCACAGCUUGAAGAAAGAACACGCAGCUGCUGAAGAUGGGCUUCGAGGGUGGAUUGAAAGCGCGCAGAAAGAGUUUGUAGAGGUUUCCAAACCAUCCUCCAGCGUUAACAAGAACCUGCUCAAAGCCAAGGAGUCCCUCAACUUCGUACAAAGUAAAUUCGAUGAUUUGGAGGGAUUACUUAUUGCACAUGGGGUGACCGACGCAGACAUGUUGAACGAGAGCGGCGAAGACCCCGAAACAUGCAAGAUCUGGGCGGGUUCAAGUCGCAGCGCAAAGAACACGACUAUUGCGAAACACACAAAGGUCACAAAAAAACGACCCACACGCAAGAACGCUAAGGCUAUAAAAAAACCAGGCAAAAACACGGGUUUGAACCCGUCCUUAAACUCAGAUGCAAGCCAGGUCGGCGUCAGUGCCGAGCAACCCCAGCCUCCAGCGUCCUACGAGCAACUCGUCUCGUUGAUUAACUCAGAAGGCAUGGACGAAGAUUCUCAGGAUGACAAGAUAGAGGAGGAUGAGAUGGAGGAAGGUGAUGUAGAGGAUGACGAGAUGCAGGACGACGAUGAAGGUUUUGGGCAGCUAGGCCCAUCAUGGGGCUAUGCUGAGCCAUCGCAGAGCUACGCUCAGCCACUGCAGGACUACGCUCAGCCAUCGCAGGGCUACACUGAGCCAUUGCCGGACUACGCUGAGCCAUCGCAGGGCUAUGCUCAGCCAACGCCGGACUACGCUCAGCCAUCGCAGGGCUACGCUGAGCCAUCGCAGGGCUACGCUCAGCCAUCGCCGGACUACGCUCAGCCAUCGCAGGGCUACGCUGAGCCAUCGCAGGGCUACGCUCAGCCAUCGCCAAACUACGCUCAGCCAACGCAGGGCUACGCUGAGCCAUCGCAGGGCUACGCUCAGCCAUCGCCGGACUACACUCAGCCAUCGCAGGGCUAUGCUCAGCCAUCGCAGGGCUACGCUCAGCCAACGCAGGGCUACGCUCAGCCAUCGCAGGGCUACGCUCAGCCAUCGCAGGGCUACGCUCAGUCCUCGCAGGGUUACUACCAGUUCCAUCAGCCCCCACAGCCAGCCUCAUAUCCCGCCCACACCUACGGGCUCCCGCAAGCCCCACCUUCAUUCACGCCACCGCAACUUGCAUCUCGUGAGGCUCAACGAUUCGAUGUGCCUACACCAACGACAUUCAGGAACAUCGUGCCUAUGCAUGCAAGGCACAGGGAAGAAGAACGAGCUCGUUAUGCAGGACGGUUGCCCAUCGACCUUCCCGGAAUUCGUAAGGUAUUUGUAUACGACCCUCGCCGACCACCCGAAGAGCAUCGAGGACACUUGUUUCCAACUGGUGUUAUCAGAGCUACAAGUGAUAUUAUGGUUACUGCACCGCUCCCGUCUCAGAGAGACUUGCCCCCGGUGUCCACCCCUCCCUCGCCCAUCACCGGCCCAUCUGUGGCUGGUGCCAGCUCUCCAGCCAACAAUUCUGCACGCUCCCAUCCUUACGCCAGGCAACGAUCUACCAACGAAAUGUUUAAGAGGAUGAUGGAAGCGGCCAAGUCGAAUAUGCGCUGCCAAGUACUACUACAGAACGCCAUGCCUGAAGGAGCUGCCAACACAGCAAUGGCAGAGGCAGUGCUUUCGGCAGCGAGCAGGGAGUACAUGCCUGGCGAGCAAAUUCCUAAUUAUGACACGUGUCUCAAGACACUCCGCACUCUCACAACGACCAUACGGACAGCUUUCAAAACGAGAGCAUGCCGCGAAGUCCCCACUUACUACGAUCUUAACCGCCCGUCAGAUGCAAAUGCAGAGGUCGCACACAGGCAACAACGUGUGCCGACACUUGUAGAGAAUCAUGCUUACCUGUUUGCAGACGAAAAGAACGAACAGGAUUCGUUGUCCCCAGUCAACCACCCUGGCGUGACCGCCGUGAUUCUUGCAGCUGUGUGGGAAAGUGGCUUUCACGCAGAGCUCGACUUGGACGAUGUCGACUCUCUUGAUAAUUUGUAUGCUCUCGGUGGCGCUGCGACACACUCGGUCAUCAUGGAGCACCUCAAUGGAAGACGUCAGACGGUGGAGUUUUCAGUAUCCUCGUUAUCUGGAGCAGAGUACUGCUUCAUUCAGCAGCACAAUCUCGCCAUCCGAAAGGUCCCUGCAGUACAUAACGCUUUCGUUUCUUCAAAGGAAGAUUUAGUCCGACGAGGUAGAUCUACUACUAUGUCCGAUGCUUUGUAG